UCCGGUGUGCUGAUCUUGGUGUUUGUUUUUUGUUUUAUUUAGGUUGUUGGCGGUCCGCGAGCAGCCGUCUGCAAGGAUGGACACUGAAAGAUAAAGCGGAGAAAAGAUCUCGGAAGAAAGUGUUGCUGGCCGGUACUCAUUGGUUUCAAAUUCAUUCGGCCUUAGGGCAAUUCAUGUAUCCCUCUUAGGAUCCUACUUGUUACCUAGCUUCUCUGGAGCUGUGGAUUGUAACCUGGUUAUCCUUUGCUUAACAUCUAGUAUUUCAUUUAUGAAGCCUUCAUCUAGCAACUGAUGGAAACAGAUACAGAGAUCCACAGUCACUGGCUGAGUGUUGAAGGUGCCAUGUUAGCCAAGUUCCAGUUGAAGAGAAGGAGGAGCGAUAAUAUGAGCAAAGGUGUCAAGACCAUGAUGGGGACAUCCACAGGACAGCUCACCUCACCUGUCGGACUCUGGACUGACAGCAGGGGAACCAGAAUAGAACCAAACUAGGCCCUUUGAACGUGGGUUCAUAGUUCAACUCUGCUUCCAUGAAUCUGAUUGAGAUUUCUACAGCCUGUGAGAAGGUAGAGAAUUGGGCCUGGGCAGGUCUGGCUGUUGUCACGCCAUACAUAUUCCAUCUAUGCUGUUGCAAAUGAAAGAAUUCACUUUCUUGGGUGUGGCAGGGAGGGAUGAAGAAGUCUUGUGAGCAGACAAAUGUCUGGGAGAACAGAGAAUUGGAAUAUUUUUGAGGGCCUCACUAGCAGUAUAAGAAGGAGUAAACAGCUGCUGGGUUUGGAGACCAGGAAACCCAGCUUCAGAGAGAAGAGAUUCUCAGACUGUCAAGCAACCCUCUGUGAACAUCGCUCCUGAUGAGAAGGGCUUUUGUGAUGUGGCUGCUUUUGAGUUAGCCCUGCUCGUUGUAAAGUGAGCCCUCCCCCAUGCUCCUGUUAGUAACUCCAGUGAAAAGUCACUGCUUCAGCAAGUCAGACUUUGGUACAGUUGUUACUUUAGUCUGUUGCAGGUUCCCUUUCUGAGUUACCAAUUUCUUAUCAUUUUCAUAUGAAAAAUUUCUGGCUGGCGACAUAACUCAGUGGUAGCACUCCUCCUGCUGAUAUGUGCCUGGAUCUGUAUUCUAUUCAUCAGAUCCAUAAUUUUGCCUGCAUACCAACUUGUACACAGUGCCCUUUGGAGCCAGAAGAAGGUGCCUGAUACAUGGGAGCCUGAAUUACAGGAUGUGUGAGCAACCAGAAGUAGUGUUGGGAAUGAAAUCCGUGUCCUCUGGAAGAGCAGCCAGUGCUCUUAACUACUGAGCCAUCUCUUCAGCCUCACCAUUUUUUAAAAAGAGCCCAUGGUACCUAAUUGCAGCCCAGGACUUAAUGGUUUUGUGACCCUGCAUGGCCCCCUCAAGAUGCCUGUUGGAGACUUGUUCUUUGGGAGCGGACCUAAUGUCUGGAGCUGGUGGCCCAAAGAAAAAUCCAACUCCGCACUGGUAACACGGAAGAAGCAGCAGAGUUGCAGCUUCAGGAACAGCUCGUCCAGAAGCUGGUGCUGUCAGAGUGGCAAGGCGGCCCGCCUCUGGUUAGCUGAAGACGCAGGCCUAUGAGUUUUCUUGCCUUUUGGUUUUGAGAAGCCUUGCUAUUUGGAUCAGGCUGGCCUGGAACUUGUUAUGUCCCCCUGGCUAUUCCGGAAUUCACGAACCUAUUACCUCAGUCUCAUGAGUGCCGCAACUGGCCGGAUGUGUUAUCACACCUGGCUAUAGUAAGCUCUGAUAGUGAGCAUUCCUUCUGAUGUUCAUUUCCCUUUGAUAAGCAGACAUCGGUGACAGCAAUUCCUAGCUAAACCACCAGGGGGAGCGCUUCUCCCUGACAAGGUAGAAAUGAACCUGAGCCAUCGAAAUAGAGUUCACCGCAAGUCAAAAAUUCUCUCGAGGCUCCAGGAGACCCCGCGGCCCCGCCGGGCGCCCUCGCGCCGAGCCGACCGCGAGCUCACGAGGGCGCUCGGCGGAAGUGGCCGGCAGAGGGCCUGCUCGCGCCUGCCGCCGGGAGUCGCCACCCCGCGGACCCCGCAGGCGCUCUGGCUCCGGCGUCUUGAGGUCCUGAAAGGAGGGCGCACGGAGCAGGUUCAGGUGGCAGUGACCUGCUACCUCAAACGCCGGCAGUACAUGGACUCAGAAGGCCCCUUGAAGCAAGGCCUAAGACUAUCACAGACUCCUGAGGAGAUGGCAGCCAACCUCACAGUCCAAUCAGAAUCUGGUUGUGCCAAUGCAGUGUCUGCAGCCCCUUGCCAGGCAGAACCCCAGCAAUAUGAAGUACAGUUUGGACGACUGAGAAGCUUUCUCACUGAUUCUGACUCCCAGCACAGUCAUGAAGCUAUGCCUCUCCUCUACCCCCUUUUUGUCUACUUCCACCUCAACCUGGUCCAGAGUGGCCCCAAAAGCACAGUGGAAAGCUUCUAUAGCCGCUUCCAUGGGAUGUUCCUACAAAAUGCAAGCCAGAAGGACAUCAUUGAGCAGCUGCAAACCACACAGACCAUCCAGGACAUUCUGUCAAACUUCCAACUUCGUGCAUUCCUGGACAAUAAGUACGUGGUCCGUCUCCAGGAAGAUAGCUACAACUACCUUAUCCGCUACCUCCAAAGCGAUAACAACACUGCCCUGUGCAAGGUGCUUGCGAGCACAUUCACGUGGAAGGUGCAGCCUGCCAAGAGGACAGACUACCAUCUGUAUGCCAGUGGUGGCUCCUCGCGCAGUGAGAGCAGCAGCCUGGAACCACCAGAUGUGCCCAACCCUAUUCUGCAGAAUGAGGCUGCCCUGGAAGUCUUGCAGGAAAGUAUCAAGCGAGUCAAGGAUGGACCUCCUUCCUUCACCGCCAUCUGCUUCUAUGCCUUCUAUAACACAGAGCAGCUGCUGAAUACUGCAGAGAUCUCCUCUGAUAGCAAACUUCUGGCUACUGGAUUUGACAAUUCCUGCAUAAAGCUCUGGAGCUUGCAGUCCAAAAAGCUGAAAUCAGAGCCCCACCUUGUGGAUACAUCUCGUAUCCAUCUAGCCUGUGACACUUUGGAGGAGGAGGAGAAUGAGGAAGACAAUACGGGCACAGAGAUGAAGAUCCUGCGUGGACACUGUGGCCCAGUAUACAGCACACGGUUCCUCGCAGACAACUCGGGGCUGCUCUCUUGUUCUGAAGAUAUGUCCAUCAGGUACUGGGACCUGGGGAGCUUCACCAACACUGUGCUCUAUCAGGGACAUGCCUACCCUGUAUGGGACGUGGACAUCAGCCCCUACAGCCUGUAUUUUGCCAGUGGGUCCCAUGACCGUACUGCCAGGCUCUGGUCCUUUGAUCGGAGGUACCCACUGAGGAUAUAUGCAGGACACCUGGCUGACGUGGACUGUGUCAAAUUCCAACCCAACUCAAACUACUUGGCUACAGGUUCCACUGACAAAACUGUCCGGCUAUGGAGUGCCCAGCAGGGCAACUUGGUGCGGCUCUUCAUGGGGCACCGAGGUCCCGUGCUCGCCCUUUCCUUCUCUCCCAAUGGUAAGUACUUGGCGUCUGCUGGUGAGGACCAGCGGUUAAAGCUGUGGGACUUGGCCUCUGGGACACUUUUUAAAGAACUGAGAGGCCACACAGACAGUAUCACCAGUCUGGCCUUUAGCCCAGACAGUGGUCUGGUUGCCUCUGCCUCCAUGGACAACUCUGUGCGUGUCUGGGACAUCAGAAGCACGUCCUGCAACACACCUGCUGAUGGCUCUUCGGGUGAGUUUGUGGGUGUGUACACUGGACAGAUGAGCAAUGUCCUGAGUGUACAGUUCAUGGCCUGCAACCUCCUCCUGGUGACUGGAAUCACACAAGAGAAUCAAGAACAUUAAGUUUUUAUUCAGGCAGCAGACUGGGUGGGGCUGGGACUGGUCACAGUCCAGGACUUGCUAAAACUGAAUCAGUGAUUUCAAAAGAGCCCUCACCUACCACACUUAGCCAACACAGCCCUGGUGCACAAGACUCCAGUUGAGAGCCGGAUGCUCAGGCUUGAGGCCUCCUGGCUGUGUGCAGGCACCUUGCUUUAGCAUCUGUCUCUUCCCAGUGGGGUUACUGGAACAGUUGCAGAACUCCCCUGUAGCAGCUGUAAACAGUGUCUCCUGUGGCUUCUCGAGGAAAACAGGGACAGGAACUAGGAAAAUUGGAUGAUCUAGCAGUCUUUCUUUAUACUGAUAGAACCAGGACUUUUUAUUAUUAUUAUAAUUAAUAAUUAUUAUUAUUGAGAAGAGGAAACCUAGCACUGGCAGAGGUGUCUCUGCUUGCAUCUGCAGGUUUGACUCCUGGCACUGGCUGUGAUACUUGGAAUUUUAAGGUUCAGGGAAUUCAUACUUUGGUGACCCAGUGUAUCAGGAAAAGGGGCACCGUAUAAUGUGCUUCUGCAAGCAGGCAGGUAGCUUAGCCGAACAUGGUGGGAAAGAAAGAUUCUUUAUUGCCUGCACUCCUGUCAGUCCUCUCCCCUGGAGAGAGAGGCUGUGGUGGGCAGAGGGUGGGCCUCGGCUCUGGAGUCGGUUGUCCAAGGUUCCAUCGCUACCACCAUGAACAAAAUUAUGAUAAAGAGUAAUUUUGAGUAAGUCACAGGAUAGACUUCAGAGUACUUCUGGGGUGUGACUUUCUGGUGUCUUUCUCCCUCUGAUCUGCUUCCGCCCUCACUGCAGCACCAGUGUAGUGAACCGGAGCGAAUCAUGAGUGCACACUCACAAGCGUCAAACCAUGCUCUAAGGACAGAGGAAGUUCUGAUGGUAGAUAUCCAGUGGUGUCAGCAUCUAGUUUCCACAGCUUAGAAGGUUUUCAAGAGUGACCAGGAGAUUGAAGUAUUGGACCAAGGAAUGAACACUUCCAUUCCUGUCCGAGACUGCUUUGGGAGCCCUGUGGUGCUGUACCUGCUGUUACAUUACCAGGUAGAAGAGAGACAUGCAUGGGAUAGUUCUUCAGCUGCUGAGAUUCUAGUUCCCACACCACUGGUCCUCCCUGGAUUUGCCACCAUAGCGCUGGAUGCUUAUAUCCUUUAGGAUGGGGAGAAAAGCCAAACUAACAGUUUUUGAGACCUCAGAUGUUCUGAUCAGAAAUAUAUUGUAAUUUAGCUAAAUUGCUAUGAAAAUAUGAGCCCCUGAAAGAUCAAUUUGUCGUUUUGUCUAUCAAUUUGAUUUAGCCAUUCUUUACUAGGCAUUGCCGGCAUUGCUUCAAGUAUGACUCCCCUAACUCCACAGCCUUGUGUAAUUUUUCAGGCACCUCAACGGUGACAUUCAUUUUAGAAUACUUUCUUCCACACCUCUAGAAGAUCAGGAAGUUGAAAAUGGCAGUACUGAUAGGAAAGCUAAAAUCCAAUCAGAUAUCUGGCCCGCGUUCAGACUUACUUGGUUGUGUUAUUUAAAUCACAAUCCAGACAAAGUUUAUACAUUGGAUUCACUUGAAGUGUGCGCUGUGAGACAUUUUAUGUACAGGGAAGCUCAGGACCAGAGAAGAGCUUAUGUUCAGGAUUCAGUUAAAAUUCUCUGCGGAAUCAGUUAGUCCUGUUGGGGUUACAGACUUUAGGAAGCCAUGGUCUUUGUCCUCAAGGAGUUCCAUCUUGUGUUCCUAUAACGCUCUAUGAGUUUAUCCAUCACAAACCUUAUAUUAUUAGUCUUUCUGCAUCUGUCCUCAGUUAAAGGCAGGGAGCAUUUCAUCUUCAACAUUGCAUUUGGUAUACACAGCUCAGUUACUGGUAUGCAGUAGGAAGCAGUGUCCUUUUUCUAACUUUGCAUUGGGAACCAAUGGGAUUUUUAUGGCAUGGCUGUGCCAUGAUAAGGUUUUCAUUGGAGGUAGGUAAAGGUUGCUAGUUGUUUUGGAAACAUGGACGAUUGGAAGCAGGGAGGAGUCUAGUGCAGAGUCCACGCUAGAGAGGAUGAAGAUGAGAACUAGGGUGAAGACAGUAGGUACGAAGAAAAGACGAAUGGAGAGUUGCUGAGAAGACAAGGUAGCACGAUUUGGGAACCUUUCCUAUGUGGAGAAUGAGGAGCUUCAGGCUUGGGGAGCAGUGAUGCCCCUUGAAGAUUCAGAGCAAAAUGGGGAAGCUGGUUUGAGGUAGGGGAGAUUGAUUCAGUUUUGACUAUGCUGAGGUUGAGGUGACUGCUAGGAAUUUGCCAUCUGUCAGGAUUUGGGAGAUCAAACCAUAAGAGAGAAGUCAGGACUGAAAACCAGAGAGUCCUAAGGACAUAGGUGGUGCUUAAAAUUAGAUGCCAUCCUUCACAAACGGAAUAUGUAGUGACACAGGAAGGGAAACGUUAAGAAACCCUUACAGAUUUUAGCAACUAAUUAAAAAAUGAGAAGCUCUGGAGGAAGAUAGGAAAGGAAUAGCUACAGAGAUUAGAGGAAAACCAAGACAGUGUGGUGUCAUUGCAGCCAAAGGAGGAGAGACUUCAGGAAGGCCUGACCAGGGGCACCUUAUACACAGCUAGGGGGUGAUGGUAAGGAAAGUUCCAUGUGGCCAAGAUGUACAGUGUUUUGGCAGGAGGUGAGCCCAGAAAGACUAGUUAGGCCCUUGUACUGUCUGGUUUCGUGUGUCAACUUGACAUCAUCUAGAGUCAUCAAAGGAAGGAGCCUCAGUUGAGGAAAUGCCUCGGUGAGAUCCAGCUGUAAGGCAUUUUCUCAAUUAGGGAUCAGUAUGGGAGGGCCCAGCUUGUGGUAGGUGCUGCCAUUCCUGGACUGGGUUCUGUAAGAAGGCAGGCUGAGCAAGCCAUGUGAAUCAAGCCAAUAAACAGCACCCCUCCAUGACUUCUGCAUCAGCUCCUGCCUCUGGGUUCCUCCCCUGUUUGAGUCCCUGUCCUGGCUUCUUUCGAUUAUGAACAGAAAUAUAGAAGUCUAAGUCAAAUAAAACCUUUCAUCCCCAA